AUGUAUCUUCACGAGGGCGCCGAUUAUGCCGCCAGGGCGAGCACACUAGUUGGUCAGCUCAUCAAUGAUCAUGACCCAAAGUAUGGAGUUGGGUCGUUGACCUGCUCUGUCUACGAUACAGCAUGGGUUGCUAUGGUCAUCAAAAACGUCGACGGGCAAAGACGAUGGCUGUUCCCUUCCAGCUUCGAGCACCUCCUCAGCAAUCAACAGCACGAUGGUGGAUGGCAAACAUCUUCUUCCGACGCCGACGGCAUCCUAAAUACGUUGGCCGCUUUGUUGGCUUUUUGCAGGCAUAUUGGCUAUCCACUCCAGCUGAAACCGCCCGAAGAUCUGAGACAUAAGAAGGACCGGGCGAUCUACUUUCUGGAGACCAAGUUUUCGAAGUGCGACGUCGAAUCAACUAUCACCGUCACCUUGCAGCCCUUCUUCUCCAGGCUUCUGCAAAUGCUGGAGCAGGAGGGCGUUCACUUCUCAUUCCCGGGAAAGGAGGCGCUUAUUCAUGAGCGAGGAAGGAAGACGCCAAACCAAAGUCUCGUUGCGCUCUACACGAACAUCAGGACAUCGGCCGCUCACAAUCUGGAAAGCCGAAUUGGCGAGGUCGACUUCGAUCGCGUAGGUCAGCACAAAAUCUGUGGCUCAAUGAUGGCCUCGCCAGCUGCCACAGCAGCUUAUUUAAUGGGUCGCACGAGCUGGGAUGAUGAAGCUGAAGCCUAUCUGCACCACAUCGUGUCCAUUGGUGACAACAAUUCUGCCGGCGGGGUCCCCUCAAAGUUCCCUACCACCGUCUUCGAAGUCACCCGUGUCCUUUCAACGUUAUUAGAGAAUGGAUUCACCCCACAGGGUCUGGGAACUCAGGCAUUGGACAACGCUGCUGGAUUUUUGCACGACUGCUUGCAGCUGGAGUCAGGCGUCACCGGCUUUGCACCAUACGUCGAGUCAGACGCAGACAACACGGCGCAGGCCAUCUCCGCUCUCUGCUUACUUGGUCGAACUGUUUCUCCGCAAGGCUUAAUCAUUCGAUAUGAAACACGCGAAAGCUUCAAGACGUACGACCUAGACAGGAACCCGAGCUUCAGAACGAACUGUCAUGUUCUCCAGUCUUUGCUGGAUCUACUACCGGGCAACAACCAGCAGGUUCCCCAGAUUGAGAAGUGCAUCAGGUUCAUCUGCAGCAUGUGGUGGACUACCAAUGGUCAGAUCGAAGAUCAAUCCAAUACGUCGCCGAAUUACCCAAUUAUGCUGAUGGCCAAGGCAUUCAUGCGCCUGAUCCGAAUUUGGGAGCAAGGUUUCAUUCCAGUCCCAGACGAGCCAUCGAUAAGGGACAAGGUCGUUAUCUCGCUUUUCCAGGCUCUCACAAGGACUCUUCAGAGCCAAAACAUGGACGGCUCUUGGGGAAGCGGCCCGCGCUGCGAGACCACCGCCUACGCAGUAAUUACACUGACCAAGCUUGCCUCGCUUUCCUCAGCGCCGAGAGUCAGGAUGCAGACUAUCUUAGCCGUCAAGAACGGUCGCGAAUACCUUUCCAAGAACUACCUACCCUUCUCCGAGCCUGAGCUCGUAUGGACGGGGAAGACGACCUCUGGAUCCAGCACCCUUCACCAAGCGUACAUCUUGGCUGCUCUACAAGCCCCAAUCCCAAAGCAGCAAUCAGGUCCCACCAUUGAGAGCCAUUUCGAGAUCCCUUUGGCGAAAGUCACUAUUCAGACGAAGUACUACGGCCGCCAAGCCUGGUUUGCGGACACCCCCGAGUGGCUGAUCCAAGCUUCCCUGAUAGAAGGCCAUCUGUUCCUACCGCAGAUCAGGGACGUGCGAUACGCCGUCUUUCCAAGCGACAAUUUAGCAGAAGACCAGCACUUCGGUUAUAUACCUUUCAUGUGGAUUGUGGCAAACAGCGUCGAGAAAAGACUUAUUGGUGCCGAGUACCUUUACCAGAUGAUGAUCCUAUCGGUGCUCAAUCGGCAAUUCGAGGGAUACAUGGAGAAUGUAGUGGGUGAGGUUUUCGCUGGGUGCAUGUUCGAGAUUGAAGACAUCAUUCAGAGUAUCUUUCAGGAGCUUGAAUUGUACAGCAAAGACCAGUGCUUCUGCGGGGAUCACAAUGAGACUUCCAGAUCGUCGACUGCAACCACGAUAUCAGACGUACGCUCUGUUUUAUACCGGUUCAUUUCACACAUCCUCAAUCACCCUUAUGUGCUCAUGGCCAGCACACAUGACCAAGCACAACUCAUAUGCGAAUUACAGUCAUUCCUCCUCAGUCGCGUCAGUCAGCUGUCUAAUCGUGGCCACACAGAAGGUGUACAGCCCGCCAAAGCACCUACAGACCAGACAGCUCACCCAUACAAUUCGGCAUUUCUUACAUGUAUUGUGGGCAAUCAAGGUCACAGUGGUGGUGUCGGGCUCAGGAAGGACUUCUUGGAAACCCCGGAGCAACAAUUUCUGGCUGCAGACCUGAUACGGCAUUUGUCGAUAAUCAGCUUCAUGUCCAGCAAUGCUGAAGAACAGCAGGCCGCCGCUCCACGAACUCAAGCCAAAUCACGAAGUGCGAGCUUUGGCAGCAGUCGACGCUCAUUUGACCGAUCCGUCUCCUCUGCAUCGAUGGCCUCGUCAUACUAUGACGAAGAAGGCUUCUCUCCAAUUUCUCCAGUCUCAAGCGUCUCUUCUGCGUCAAGUAGUUCGCCAAAUGCCGGCAAAUUCCCUGGACGGUCAUCCUCGCUGCCUUUUCAGUCCACUUCAGCUACUUCAGAGCAAUCGUUGCAACUGACUCGACUCCUGCGUCAUGAGCGCCGAAGUCUGAAGCUAUGCCUGGAUAGCCUACGAGAAGCUGGUGUCGACCGCCCCACAGCCAACGUGUUGAAGCUCUUUGUUGACUUUACGGAGCUUUCCGAGCAGAUCUACAGCGACUCAAAUAUUGGCAGUUGCUUUCAACCAACGACUGCCAACCAAGUCAUAGAGCAAGCGUGCAUUCUAAAUCCGCCACCUGUGCCUUCAAAGCAGGACUCUCAGAAAGGAUCCGUAGCUGCCGCUCGCGCGGCUAUUAUCAUCCCACCCUUGGCAACCAAGCCAAAAUCUCGUCCUCAAAGUAUCGUCCAAAGUGCAACCACUCAGCCUGAGAUCAUCCCGCCAUUGCCCGCGAGGAGUUCCUCAAGAGCGCCGAGCUAUGACCAAGGCGAUGAUCGCACGUUGACACCGGGUCAAGACGAUAGUCCCGCCAGUGCUGUCCUAAUGGAACGAGAUUGGAGCUGGAACAAGCCCAUAGUGCCUAAGAGACGCACAUCGCGGGCGUCAGCGGAAGUGAGUCGCAUCGAGCGUAUCAUGAGCGAUAUGGACAGCAUCAUGAUCCAACCCAAGCCCAGACCUGAGAACCAGAGACGGACUACCAGCGAGAGCGAUUUUGGGCGGAUACAACAGAAACCCAAGAUCGACGCCCAAAAGCGCCUAACCGCUGCCGCCGACUUCGACGCUGAAGCCAUCAAGGUUGCGAAGACACGACUAAAGACUCAGAGAAAGAAGAGCCUUCAGCCUCGACAAAAGGCUGCUACCGACGUCCACCAUAGAACCAAGGAACAAGCAGAAGCUAGGGGGAAGACCGCAGUCGAGCUUCAGAACAGAGCCAUGGCAGAGACCUACAAGCAAGAUGUCAAGCGAAGAGCUACAGAGCCUGCUGAUGUUGGCUGGGUAAAAUCCCCACCGAAUGCUGAGAUGGUGGACAGUCGAGAGGUACAGGCGCGAAAAUUGCAUAGGGCUAGUCGGCUGGGAGGGCCGAAAUGGAAGGCGCCGUUUUGA